AUGCCAUGGUGGGGGUGGGGAACACACACCAUGGUGGCUCUUCGCGGCCUGGUUUUAUGCACUGCUUCUUGUGGAGAUAUGUGUAUCUAUAAUCCCACCACCAGACAAACCCUAAUCUUGCCCCGCACCGGCACCGACCUUGCUCCUCAAGAAGCCUCUCGUGAGUAUGGCAGCUACCUUUUCGGACACGACCCUGUUCUUGAUCAAUACAAAGUUGUCUACGCUUUUGUGAUAUGCUCGGAAGAUUAUGAGAUGAUAGCCACGGAGUAUUCGGUCUUGGUACUCGAAGCAGGAGGUUACUGGAGAGAAAUGGAGCAUCAUGAACCGCCCCCACACCACUUGCCUACAAGAGUUGGGCUGUGCAUCAAUGGAGUUAUAUAUUAUUUGGCUGUGACUUGUAUGACUCAUUGUAUCCUAGUCAGUUUUGAUGUGGGAACUGAAGAGUUUAAGAAGAUGGAAUUGCCGUACUCGCUUUCUACAAUAGAUGGGCCUCAGGGGGUUAAAGAUCGGCAUAUGGGGUUUAUAGAGUAUGGUGGAAAACCAGCUAUACUUGAUCAUAACCGUCUUGUACCGAAGGGUUUGGUGGACUUAUGGGUCUUGGAAGAUGGUGGAAGAUGGUCCAAGAAACCUCUGGCUUUGCAGCCUUGUCAGAUGCAUUUAGUCGAUAACGACGUUGCAUUCAUGGGAACAAGCUUCCAGCUCGCUGAGAUGGUGAAAUUCAACAUGACACCAAAUCACGUGUGCUCUUUUUACAUUACUUUGCUUGCACACGAAGCAGCUGACAACACGUCCCUGAAAACCUUUCAGGUUCGAGCUGAUGAAGAAAAAUAUGGCCAGUUGAAUAUGACGUGCUCCAUUGCUAGACUUAAAGGCGAAGUGACCACCCACAAGCCAUUCAUGCCUCACUUUCAUUGUGGCGCAAGAGUAGAUGGUAUCUUCAAAGGUGAAAUGCCUGAUUGGCCAUCAGAUGAUGAUGCUUUCAAUGAUGAAAAACGAUUUUACGUGGUGGAACAACGUACUGAUGUCAUGUCCAAGUUAGAGAUUGUGAGAGUGGCCAUAGAAACUGGUACUGAAGACGUUGAGCCGCCGAAUGAGAGACUCAAGGCCAAGAGUGCUCGAGCCCUUCGUCGGGUUUUUGAGAUUGGGAAGCAUGUUGAACGGAAAGCUAUAGUUAGAAGAGUCAUGGAUGAUUCAGGAUACUUGACUCUCAAGGGUACGCUUUGUGGUGGUCAGUCUACCGAUACCCGGACUUCUCAAAAGCGACGUCGCUUUCGGAUAUGUGAAUCAAGUAAUGUAGAUACUUUGAGACGGGACAAGAAAAAAAAAGGAAGAUGUAAAUGUGAUUCAGAUAAUAAACUCUCAGAGAGUGCCACAAACUCGUAA